AUGUCCAAACACGCGCGACCCAGCAGUUCGCGCGAGCCCAGCGAUCCCGCCCUGAAACACCCCCCGACCAAACGCGCCAGGGAGAUCGACGCCCAUCCGCCGUUCCACACCCUCGCCGAGCUCCUCGAGGAGAGGGGUUCCUCCGACUCCGUCAGCCCCAGGAAUGUCCUGCAUUGGUUCCGCAGCAAGGACCUCCGCGCCGAGGACAACCGCGGCCUCCACGCCGCGGGUCAGAAGGCCCGGGAGGGCAAGGGCCAUCUCAUCACCAUGUACCUCCACAGCCCGAAGGAUCUCGAGUGGCAUGGCACGUCCCCCGCCCGCACGGAUUUCAUCCUCGAGAACCUGAGGAUCUUGAAGGAGCAGCUCGCAGAGGAGAACAUCCCCUUGGCCGUCAUCGAGGCGCCCGAGCGGAAGGACAAGGUCGACAAGGUGUUGGAGCUGGUGGAGAAGUACGACGUCUCGCACGUCUUUGCGAACAUGGAGUACGAGGUCGACGAACUGCGGCGCGACGUCAAAUUCGCCAAGGAGCUGAAGGAGGACAUCUCGCUGGAGAUCCUCCACGAUCAGACCGUCGUCGUCCCGGGCGAGUUGAAGACCGGCGCAGGCGGACCCCACAAGGUCUUCACGCCCUACCACAAAGCCUGGCUGGCAGAGACCGCCUCGGAUCCCGCCCUCUACGACACCGUGCCCGCGCCGAAAGGCAACAGCAAGGACGCCCAGAAGGACCUCAAAGCCCUCUUCGAGACCGCCAUCCCCAGCCUGCCCUCCGCCAAAACCUUCGCCUCCGACGAGGAGAGGGACCGUCUCCGCCGACUCUGGCCCGCCGGCCACAAAGCCGGCAUCGACCGCCUGCAGCAUUUCCUCGACGAGAAAGUCCGCGACUACGCCGCCUACCGCUCCCAGCCCGCCCGCGACCUCGGCAGCCGCCUCUCGCCCUACUUCGCCAGCGGGGCCCUCAGCGUCCGCGAAGCGCUACAAGCGUGCAAAAAGUCCAACAACAACGACUCCCGCUUCGAUGCCGGAGACGCCGGCAUCGCCGCCUGGGUGCGCGAGCUCGUCUUCCGGGAAUUCUACCGCCACACCAUGGUAUCGACGCCCCACGACAGCCUGAACCUCCCACACAACCUCAACUUCGACAAGGUGCACUGGGAAGCCGACGAGGCGGGCUGGGAGAAGUGGUGCGCCGGCACGACGGGCGUGCCCUUCGUCGACGCCGGCAUGCGCCAGCUCCGCGCCGAGGCCUACAUGCACAACCGCCUGCGCAUGAACGUCUCCAGCUACCUGUCCGGCAACCUGCUCAUCGACUACCGCCGCGGCGAGCGCUUCUUCGCCGAGAACCUCGUCGAUUGGGACCUCUGCAAUAACACCAUGGGCUGGGAACCCAGCUAUACCAUCUUCAACCCCGUGAGUCAGGCGGAGAGGAACGACCCUGAUGGGGAGUAUAUUCGGAAAUGGGUCCCUGAGUUGAGGGACGUGCCCGGCAAGGCGGUCUUUGCGCCGUGGAAGCGUCUCUCCGAGGCCGAGUUCGAGAAAUUGGGUUAUCCCAGACCCCAUGUCGAUUAUGACGAGACGGCCAGACGCGCGAAGGACAGGUAUAAGCACGACUUGCACGAGGCGGAUCCUUGA